AAUAAAUGUAAGAACAUUUCCUGACAUAGUGCUUAAAAAAUGUUAGCUAUUGAUAUUAUUAAUGUAAGCUCCACAAGGGGACGUGUCGGAUUUUAAACAUCUUUUCCUCUUCCAUAGAGCAUAGCACCGAGCACCACCAGGCUACAUCUUUUCAAGAUGAUUUGCGAACGUUGGAAUCUUCUGAGCCCAGAAUACACCACCCGCGGGCGUUUGCGUGUAGGACUGCGAUAGACCGGAACCCAAAAGCUGGGGAUGUUGAGGAGCCGGAGCUUCUUUGCGCUUGGCGCUGGCCCCGGAAGUGGCGAGGGCGGGGUCAACGCUGCCAAGAGAAAUCCUCCGCCUCGCGAAGAUGCUGCUGGACCUGUCGGAGGAGCAUAAGGAGCACCUGGCCUUUUUGCCGCAAGUGGACAGCACGGUGGUCGCGGAGUUUGGGCGGAUUGCGGUGGAGUUCCUGAGGCGAGGCUCUAACCCCAAGAUCUACGAAGGCGCAGCCAGAAAACUCAGUGUGAGCAGUGACACUGUCCAGCAUGGUGUGGAAGGAUUAACAUACCUCCUCACUGAAAGCUCAAAGCUUAUGAUUUCUGAACUGGAUUUCCAAGACUCUGUUUUUGUUCUGGGAUUCUCUGAAGAAUUGAACAAAUUAUUGCUUCAGCUUUAUCUGGACAACAGAAAAGAGAUCAGAACUAUUCUGAGUGAAUUGGCACCAGACCUUCCAAGUUACCACAGCCUUGAAUGGCGACUAGAUGUACAGCUUGCAAGCAGAAGCCUCAGGCAACAGAUUAAACCAUCAGUGACUAUAAAGCUACACCUUAAUCAGAACGGAGAUCACAACACCAGAGUUCUGCAGACAGACCCAGCCACUCUGCUCCAUUUGGUUCAGCAAUUGGAACAAGCAUUGGAAGAGAUGAAAACAAACCACUGUAGGAGAGUUGUGCGCAAUAUCAAGUAGUUCCAGUUUUAAGGAUUUAUUCCCUUUGAAUCACUUGUGAAUUGAUGAUAAGCAACAGUUACUUUUCAAAAUUAAUUUUUUAUUAAUUGACAGUGAUAAAUACAUAUAGUUUCCAUGCAGUUUCUUUUCCUAUGACAAGAUAUUAAAGUCAUGAUCAAAAGCUAAAGUAAAGUUCCUUUCCUGGUGCUAAAUGUGGUCAGUUUCUUCACAAAUUAAGAUGUAUUUUAUAUUUUAAAUGUGUAAGUAGAAUUGAAUCAACUGGAAGUGAAUCUAUACUGUUCAUAUCUUUUGUGUAUAUGAAUGUCUUUUUUUGGUACUUCUUUUGAUUGCUUAACUUUAUUAUUUUCUUCUUUAUUGACCAAAAUUUGAAAAUAAAAUUCACAAUGUAAUACCAUUGCUAUUCAGAAUAUUUUUAGACAGUUCAUUGUUUUUGACCUUUAAAAGCACCCACAAU